AUGGCUAACAAGUACGGAGCCGGUAAUGCCAUGACACCACAUAUCUCCGGCACCUCACUCGACGCCCAACAACGCUACGCCCAAGGAGCCAAGAACAUCCUGGCCUCGUACAUCAGCGGCAAAAAAGACUACCGUCCCGAAGACAUCAUCGUCAUCGACGGCCACUACGCCUCGCGCUCCUACGGCGAUGACAAGAAAGUCAACUGA